UAGCGAGGAGACGCGCCGACGCCGGAGGAGGGCGGGGGGCAGCCGCGGCGGCCGGCGCGGAGAGCCUCUCCGGGAGCCGCGCCGAUCGCCCGCCGGCCGCUGCUUGCCGGAGCCCAGGCGGCCCCGGCGAGGGCGAUGUCGGCGCGGCCGCCGCUGGCCGAGAAGGCGCUGUCCGAGGCUUACGGCCGCCUGCGCUACCGGGACGCCUCGCUGCUCAUCUGGCAGCAGCAGCAGCGGCAGCUGGAGGCCCGCCCGCCCGCCACCUACCUGAGCCGCAGCCGCAGCGCCUGGUACGCGCAGUACGGCAACCAGGCCAUCCUGGUGCGGGACCGGAGCAAGCUGGAGAGCGCCCGCGACACCGGCCAGUCCCGCUUCUGCGCCCUCAUGUGACCCAAGCCCCUCGGCUUGGCGCUCAGGCCCCGUCCCUGGACCCAAGGAAGCCUCUGGCAGUCAGUCAUCUGGGCGACCCUCCGGGCCUUUGGCCCCUGCGUCAAGUGGCCGGCAGUCCCACCGGCUGACACCUUGUGAUGGCCGAAAGUUCCUCCUGACCUGCCUCUUGCAGUCUUUCGCGGGGGCGGGGGCUGCUCUCCUGAUGGACCAAGGCUGGGCCCAGGCAGGAAGAGGCCACCCUUCCCCAUUCCCUAAAGGCCCUUCCCCAGAUCCUAACAUGCUGGCUGAGACUGAUGGGAGCUGUAAUCCACCCAGAUUGUCUGAGGCAGAGAUGGAAACGUAGCUCCCUUUCCUGCGAGCUCCGGGUUGGGAAAAGCUGAACUCCACACAAGAGUUUUCUUCUUGGACCACAAGACGAAUCGGGACCAAUCCUCCACUACAAAGCCCUGCCCUGAAGUUUGUUUUGAUUCCAGGGCAAGUUGGGGGGGUUGUUGCUUCUUGGGGGACAUUCAGAUUUCCUGCAACUCUGGGGCGACCCCCCUCCAGCUUCCUCCGCUGGGCGGGAUGGAGCCACCUCCCCCAGCUUCUUUCUGGGGUCCAGCAUGGCGUGGAUUCCUGCAGGCUCUGACGGAAGCCCUCCCUCUCCUUCUCAGCUGCUGGUGUGGGUGUUGCAUUGUGCUUCUUGAAGGCUGGGCUGGCUUCUCUGCUGGGGGGUGUGGACAAUUGGAGAGUUAUGGGCAAAACCUGCUUGCUGAAAUCUGGCCUGGAGGUUGGGGGCCUGUUCACCCCAUGGUCUGCCGGGACUCCUCCAAGAGUUUCAGUAGCCACAUCUCCACAUUCUUGGCUUUCGCCAGAGCUUGCCCUGUUGUCCGAGCCCUGGUUGCUGCUGGUCCAAAUCUCCAGUAGAUUUCCGCCUAGCUCAGGCCUUCGCAGGCAGGUGGCAAGGAAGCCAGCUGGGCUCAGCCGCCUGCUGUGUUCCGAACCACCUGGGAGAAACGGGGCUUGCAGAGAAAAGGAGACCCUUGACCUGGAGCUGUUGGUCCCAAGAAUGAAGGCAAGAGGCCCAGGGAGGCCCGACUCUGUUCGAUGUGGCUGGCUGGGCUGUCCAGGAGGCCCUUUGAGGGCCAUUCCAUGUUUUGGGCUUCCCAGAUGCACCCUUGGCACUGGCGCAGACAGUUACGAUGCUCGGGGAAAUAGCCUCUGAACUGUACAGCUCAUCUGAUGGGAGAACCAAGUUUGAAACCCUCCAGUUCUGGGAAGCAGCCCCUGCAAAUCCGGGCAACCAGCCUUCUUUGGCCAACCUGAAGAGCAGCUGCUCUUUGUGCGUAUUUUACCUUGGGUAAAGAGUGGUCAGUCUGGCCCUUUCACAUUCAUUCUGAUGCCCCAAAUGUGACGCCAGUGAGGACCCAGAAGGAGUGAAUUUUAAAAGUGCACCGGGCAAUGUUCCGCAUGUUUCCUUUUAAAUUGCAUCAAUCAAUAAAGAAUAACUCGGCACACACUUCUGCUCGCAGGCCUGUUAUGGUGUCAAGUACAGAAGUGGCAUCUGCUCUUAAA